CGUUGACUUCGUUUUGUCACGGUCACGGAACAAACCUCAGUGAUAGUUUUCAGAGAAAAGCUCAAAAUGAUAUUGAUAAGAUAACACGAGUUGAUUUUCAAAGUGGGCAAUCUACGGACAAUGUACGAACAGAUGGAGUUCAGCCAUCCCGGUGUGAUGUAUCAUGCACCGGGGGUGAGAAAACUAGGGACGGUACAACCGCCUUUUCAGGACAGAAGGCGUAAAAAGAGCAGCAGGCCUGCUGGUUCAUGUGAGAUCCACUUGGCGUUUCUGAAGCGCAGGAGACCUUUCGAAUUGACUGCGCAGUUCAGAACGAAAUUGCUCACUACACAAGAUUUGGAUGCAGAUUUGAGUACGAAACGAAGAGAGCAAAAGGAGAAGUUGAAACGAGAAUGGCGCAACUUCCUCGCCCGCCUUGAAGUGUGGGGUGGAACUUUCAAGAGAAUAGAAGGUAGUUUCGGUACGGCUGUGACCUCAUACUUCGUCUUCCUCAAAGAACUUUUCUUCCUCAACCUGUGGAUCUUCCUACUCGUCUUCUGCUUCAUGGUCAUCCCGCAGUUGAUCUGGCCCCCAACGGACUACCAAGACACCACCCUGUACGACAGCACCGACUCCGUUGUAAACCAGUCCGCCACGUGCUCGGCCUCGUACUCCACUGGCAUAUAUACUCAGAUCGACUACACCGACUACGGACAACUUCUGCUAGACUUUCUUCAAGGAACGGGUUGGAUGGAAUAUACGCUUCUGUUCUAUGGUUACUUCGCCAAUCGCGAACUGAACAUAGCCAGUGGAUUCAUCUACAACAUGCCUCUCGCCUACAUCCUUGUCACCGCAGUUGCCUUCAUCAUCAGCUUAAUCAUCAUGGCGAAGGUGACCGGGAAUAGUUUUCGCCAGAACGUGGCGACGGACCAUGAUCGCUCUCAGCCCUAUUGUAACAUCAUCUUCACCGGCUGGGACUACACCACCACCGAUGAGAACACGGCCUCUCUCAAGGCGACAGGCAUUUAUCAUGAAAUUGUUAGCGAUCUGGAUGACGAUCGACACGCCCUCCGCCGGCUCAAGAGGACAAAAUGGGACAAGUGUCGCUUGUACACGUUACGUAUAUUCAUCAAUUUCGUCGUGUUGGUGCUCCUAGGAGGCGCUGGAUACCUCAUUUACUGGGUGUCCGACAAAUCUUUACAAUUAACCCAAGAAGUUAACUACAAGACAUGGCACAAGAUGCUCCAGCUACUCAUAGAGUAUUUGGUGUCACUGACCAUUACGGCACUGAAUGCGGUACUGCCGCCUGUCUUCACGAAGGUGGUCAAGUGGGAAGAUUAUACACCAGACUUCGCUAUCAAGCUGACACUGAUUAGGCGCGUGUUCCUUCGUUUGGCAUCCUUGGCUGUGCUGGUUGGCACCCUGUAUGUUCAGAUCGCCUGUGAAGGCAAGGACAGCUGUAACUCUGGAGGGACUGGCGAUGCAUGUGCAACUACUCUGUGUUGGGAAACCUACGUGGGCCAGAACUUCUACAAGUUGGUCAUUCUCGACUUCCUUGUUGUCGUGUGUUUGAUCGUGUUUGUCGAGUUCCCGAGAAGACUGAUUGUAACCAAGUGCAGCUGUAAACUAGCCAAGAUUAUUGGACAACAGGAAUUUGAUCUUCCGAAGAACGUUCUCGAUCUGGUUUACUCCCAGUCACUCUAUUGGGUUGGCUUUUUCUUCUCCCCGCUGAUUCCAGCUAUGGCUGUCCUCAAGACUUUUCUGGUAUUUUAUCUGAAAAAGAUGACAUGUUUGUUCAACUACAUCCCGGCUGAGAAGCCGUACAAGACAUCUCGCUCCAACACCUUCUUCAUGAUAGUCUUGAUAGUGGCUUACAUCAUCUGCGUGUUCCCUGUCGGUUAUUCGAUAGCAAGCUUAAGUCCUUCACGGGGAUGUGGCCCGUUCCGCAUUUACAACCACAUGCACGACAUCUUGACUGAAACUGUCGCCAGUUGGCCGUCUGGGGCGAGCGCAACUAUCAACCUGAUCACUUCAACAGGAUUCCUCAUUCCGAUUACUGUUAUUGUCGCGCUCGUCCUGUAUUACUACGUCGUCAUGGUGGAUGCUUAUAAAAUCAGGAACAAGCUGCUCACUGAACAAGUGGCUUUGGAAGGAAAGGACAAACAGUUCCUUCUUGCCCGCAUUUCUGACCUGACUGGUGAGAAAGGACCGCCCAAACGACCACGACAGCAAAUGACGGCAAUCGUCGCAGACACAGCCGACAGGCGACCGCGAGGUAUCGCACCACUGGCGGUCGCGGAAGACAUUACUAGCAGCAGAGAGGCGACAAAACCAACACCGCCAAAUGCUGUUGAUGAUUAUUUCGGCUAAUGCUGUGGCUUUUGAUACUAAACAAUGUUGAGCCUUCGAAGUCUAAUCCAAAUUGUUGAAUGGUUUUCCAUUUUGAGGUCCCGUUUUGAGUAAAAAAUAUGCGUUUUUCGGACAUAUGAUAGCUAAUUUCAGUUACAAUGUAGAAGUAUAGUCAUAUUCUUCUUCUUGUGAAAAUGAACCCAUGAAAAAUUGCUGCUCCCGACGAAAAGGGGGCUCAUGCGCCAACCCCUUAAUCUGCCACUCAGCUAAUUUCAUCAUACACUUUAAUUCGUUAACCAUCAAGGUAACAGGUCUUCACAAAUUCCACAAUGUUCACAUUGUUUCCGAAAAAUAAUAUCAACCUGUGAUAUGGAAGGUCGAAAAUAUACAUGUACAAUGUACGUGUGAAAGGUGCAUAAGGCUAGAGAAUUGUGGUGAUAGUCUUUCCCAUAUCUUUUUCAUUCUGAUGUAUCUACAGGAUGUCUCAGAAAGAACUUCCAAUUUACUAAUAAAUAUGACCGGAACCGUAAGCACGCUAGAUAAAGGUAACGGUUUACCUACAUUUACACAACACAAUUGAAACUAUGCGGGCCCCCUGUUAUUUUUGCUGGGGGGGG